UUCCACCGGCUUGUCCUCUAACCAACAGCCAAAGCCUCGCUUAUAUUACGAGGCGCAUGCGCGUUUUUGCUCCGUCCUAGGCGGUUGGACUAGGUGCUGUACCGCUUGCCCGCAGCCAUGGCCGGGGCGCUGAGGAAGACCACUGGGCUCGUGGGAGUAGCUGUAGCUGAGAAUCCUCACGAGCACCUGAGGAUACUGUAUACAAAAAUUCUCGCUGCUCUGCAGGACAUCCCCAAAGAUGCAGCAUAUAGGAAAUACACUGAACAGAUUGUAAACGAGCGGUUCAACAUGGUGGUAACAGAACCUAAUGUGCAAAAACUAGAAGACAAAAUGAAAAGUGGUCAGAUAGAAGAAGUGAUAAUACAGGCUGAAAGUGAGCUCUCUCUGGCAAGAAAAAUGGCACAGUGGAAACCAUGGGAGCCUUUAGUUGAAGAACCUCCUACUGACCAAUGGCGAUGGCCAAUAUAAUAGUCAGCGUUAUGUCUGUAACUACUUGAGAAUUGAAAAAAACACUUAAUUAAAUAUUAGUAUCAUGUUACUGAAAAUUGUUUGUCUUUAAAUUAAAGAAAAUAGCUUUUGUAUA